CACUGUAUACGCUAGGGGUUUCUAAAACCCUAAACCCUGCUCAACCUCACUGAAACCUUACCUUACUCUUUCGUCUCUGCAUGCUCCUUUGAAACGGGGCUCCAUGUAUUCAUCUCGGCUUCGUGAGCACUCUACAACUUUACCGAAACUCCUCUGCAACCUUUUGCUUGUCCGUUCCAUGGGCGGUGGCCCCCGGACAUUUCCUGGCGGUCUGAACAAAUGGCAGUGGAAACGCCUACAUGAGAAGAAAGCAAAAGAGAAGGAGAAAAAACUUCUUGAGCAGGAAAAACAGCUUUACCAGGUUAGAAUCAGAUCUCAAAUCCGUGCUAAACUCGCUGGAAAAUCCGAUGAUCAGCCGUCGUUGGAUCCAAAAUCGGCCUCAAAUUUCAAAUCGAUGAGCGCCAACGAUCAAAUUAAGGCUCUCGCUGAUCGGUUCAUGAAGGAAGGUGCUGAAGAUCUUUGGAAUGAAGACGAUGGGCCGCUGAAGUCAGCUCCUAAUCGUUCUCAUCGGAGGCAUCAGGCAAUCGAACCCCCUAUUGAUUUGAGAAAACUGAUUGGGGGGGAUAGGCGUAGUCUGACAGAUGAUCGUGCUAGUCCGAGGUCAGUUUUUGAUUCAUCAAGACCUAGACAUUAUUCGGUUACAGUGGGAAGGAAACCGAGGCCUAGAUUGAGAUAUCUUAGAAAUGAGAGUUCAUCUAGUGAAGAUGAUGAUAAAUUCAGUUUGGAAGAUGAUUUAAUAAAGCCUUUUGCUGGUGAACCCAAGGGAGUACGGGGAAAAGUUAUGGGAAAGUCAAGAUGGCCGAGGUUUAACUUCAGCGAAGAGGAGCCAGAGGAGGAUUUGGAUUUCAAAGGUAGAACGAAUCCAAAGAAAAUGAUGAGCAGAGCUACUUUGGGAAAUUAUGAUAUGAAGACAAUGAGACGAGUUCCUAAGCUGCUCGAAGAUGAAAGCGAUAUUUCCAGUCAAAUUCAGUCAAUCCGUGACGAGCUGAACCAUAGAAAUUUAGUAGACGUUGGUAAACAGAAUGAGGAGGAAUCGCUUCUAAGUCAGAAAAGAUUUGACGAAUGCAGCAUUUCUCCAUUGACAAUAAAGGCACUUUCGUUAGCUGGCUAUGUGCAAAUGACCAUGGUACAAGAGGCCACUAUUUCUGCUUGCCUUGAUGGCAAGGAUGUUUUGGUCAAAGCUAAAACUGGCACAGGAAAAAGUGCAGCCUUUCUGCUUCCUGCAAUUGAAGCAGUUCCGAAGACCACAAGUGACAGCACAAGUCAACGGGUGCCACCAAUUGUUGUCCUCAUUCUUUGUCCCACAAGGGAGCUUGCUAGUCAGAUUGCUGCAGAAGCCAAUGUCAUGCUAAAGUACCAUGACGGGAUAGGUGUCCAAACAUUAACUGGAGGUACACGGUUCAAGGAUGACCUGAAGCGCCUAGAAUCCCAUCCAUGCCAGAUUAUAGUUGCAACCCCUGGUAGGUUGUUAGAUCAUAUAGAGAAUAAAUCUGGCUUCUCUGUGCGUUUGAUGGGCCUGAAAAUGCUGAUACUAGAUGAGGCUGAUCACUUACUUGAUUUGGGAUUCCGGAAGGAUAUAGAGAAAAUUGUUGACUGUGUGCCACGCCAAAGGCAGUCAUUGCUGUUCUCUGCUACAAUUCCGAAAGAGGUGCGUCGCAUUUCACAACUUGUUUUGAAAAGGGAACAUGCUUGUAUUGACACAGUGGGGUUGGGCGGCACUGAAACUCAUUCCAAGGUUAAACAGUCGUAUCUGGUUGCACCACACGUACUGCAUUUUCAAAUAGUACACCAUCUUUUGAAAGAGCACAUCUCGCAUAUGCUUGAUUAUAAGAUUAUUAUUUUCUGUACAACUGCAAUGGUGACAUCCCUCAUGUUCUUACUUCUCCGGGAGAUGAAAAUGAAUGUCAGAGAAAUGCAUUCUAGAAAAACUCAACUUUACCGAACCCGCAUAUCUGAUGAAUUUCGUGAAUCAAAGCGACUAAUUCUUGUAACAUCUGAUGUUUCAGCUCGUGGAAUGAACUAUCCUGAUGUUACUUUGGUGAUUCAGGUUGGUAUUCCUUCUGACCGGGAGCAGUACAUACAUCGUCUUGGAAGGACAGGGCGUGAAGGCAAGGAAGGAGAGGGCAUUCUAUUGCUUGCACCUUGGGAAGAAUAUUUCCUAGAUGAAAUAAAAGACCUGCCUAUUGAAAAGGCACCUUUACCACAAUUAGACUCAGAUAUAAAAUUGAAGGUGGAAGAUUCGAUGGCAAAGAUUGAUGCCAGUGCCAAGGAGGCAGCAUAUCAUGCCUGGCUUGGCUAUUACAAUUCAAUAAGAGAGAUAGGAAGAGAUAAAACCAUGCUGGUAGAACUUGCUAAUGGGUUCUGCAAUUCAAUUGGUUUGCAAAAGCCUCCUGCACUCUUCCGGAAAACAGCAUCCAAGAUGGGUUUAAGGGACAUCCCUGGCAUCCGUAUCAGAAAAUAGAACAAUAUUUAGUGGUAACGGUGGUGAUCCAAACACACGGACCAGCCAAGCUUUUAGGCAGCCGAAUCCCAGUUUUGGUUCAAUGUUUUACGUCAGGCUCCUCAAGUACUAGGCCACAUUGGGUUUGUACGUGGUCCUGCCCAACCUAGUCCAUUUACAAAAGUUGCAAUCUCUGUAAAUUGAAGUGAAAAUAGGCAUAUUCUUUCUUUCAUUCUCGGAUUUUCUAAGUUAUUUCCUUCUUUAUAAUAUUCCGAGAAGAAUACUUCAAAAAAAGGAUGCUUUAUUUUCAUGGUAAAUGAACAAUUAUUAUGAAAAACAACUAAAUAUUAUAUGUA